UCCGGCAACACGCUUGGAUACUAAUCAUUCUCCAUUACCGAAAGAGAAUUGAAGAAUUGUGGUAGAAAAUUUGUUAUUUUUUGUGUGCUGCGCUGUUUUAUAGAAAAUUACUUGGAAUUUGUAGAAAAUAUCCAUUUGAAAAUUAUACAAAUAGUUGUAUAAAGAUGUUGUGCAAUGUGUAAAAUAUAAAAAGUGUAACUGGAUGUAUGAUUUGGGCAGGAAAUUUGCAUUUUCAAUGUUCGGUGUAUUGAAGUCGAGAAGUUUUUGCCAAUGAGAAAUUUUUUCUAAGGAAGGCAACGAAAAAGACAACGAUUGAGCGUGUGAGUGAGUAGAUCAAAGACGAGCUCAGUGGCGUCGAACAAAGCAGCGCCAUUUGACGCUGACCGAACGGAAUAUAAGCAGUAGCAAAAAAAUUAGUUUUAAAAAUAAUAACAAAAAUAUUGAGGAAGGUAUCGCUAAACGCUGUGUGGGCGUGUGUUUGUACGUGCAAAAUUGAGUUGAUCGGUUGUCGGGAAGCGUUGUGGUAGUGGAGAACAUAAAUUGCAUGAAAGAUGGCGUCGUCGAUGAUAGCUGCAGCAGCAGUUGCGGCGUCGACAUCGGCGUCAUCAGCUGCAACGGGCGAAAUUAAAAGAGAAGAAGAAGAAGAAGAUGGUUGCAACGAAGAGGGAGAAGAGGAAGCGUUUAAUACCACACUACGUUCCUGUGCCAAUGAUCCAGAUUUUGCGGUAAUAUGUGCAUUCCUGCAAAAGUUCGCCAAGGAUUUGGGUAUACCGUUACCCAAUUUCAAGCAUUUGCAAGAGUGGCUUACAAAUACAGAUGAAGUCACCGAUCAAUUGCGUGAUCUACACAUAAAGCUUUUGCGUAAAACGCGCAAAACCGUGCACGAGAAAAGUUGGGAAUCGGCGCUAAGUAAAUUCUGUUUCUCAUAUUCCGCACAGGAUGCAUGGGAGGUAGAACGUUUUGGCUACAAAAAGUCAAGUUUAAAAGUAAAACUAAGAAUUUUCAGGGAAUUGCUUGAAAGUCAAUUUCAACGCAAUGGCAAGUUUCGUGCUCAAAUACUUACAAUGAGUGCAGAUUCCUUACGUUCGCAACCGAUAGGGCGUGAUCGUCUUGGACACACUUACUAUUUUACACAAGAUUCUGAUGGCAAUUUGCGUGUAUAUCAGGAACAUCUAGACGAAGAAAUUUGGCAAGUGGUCGCCACGACACGUGAAGAAUUAGUUAAUCUCAUAUCACGACUGCGUGGCAAUGAAGUGGUGCUGCCCUCUACAGAUAUUGGAGUUGAUGAAGACACCAGUAGUAGUAACAGUUGCACAGCUCAAGUGGAAAAACCACCGCCGCCAGAAGAACAAGACGACUCACAGGAGGAAGAAGCGCGUAUACCAAAUUUGCGCAUAAAAUUAUCAAAUAACGGUAAAUUAGCUGUAACGUCACCAAAUACCACAACUCAAACAACAUCGCAAGCAACAAAACGUUGUCUGGAUGAUGUCGAGAAAAGUUCACCACGGAGUGAAGAAUUAAAUAUCAUAAAGAAAGCGCGCCCUUCACUUUUGGACGUGAAUCGCGCUAAAAAACCCAGUCGAUAUGAGAAGACUAUAUCCGAAGAAGAGGAAGAAGAAGAGGAAGAAGAAGAGGGUGAGGAAGGUGAAGAAGAUGAAGAGGAUGACGUUGAUGAAGAGGAGCUAUCCAUUGAAGAAGAGGAUAUAGAUAGCGCAGCUGCCGAAGAGGAUGAAAAUGAGGAGAAAGAAAUAGAAGACUCAGAUGGUGACUCUGAUGAAGAGUUGAAUGAAGUUGGUGAAGCCAUUGAAGAAUCCACCCUUAUAGUAAGCGGUGAGGGUGCUGGCGAGGAUUGCGAAGGAGUGUACACAAAUAAGCAAUUUUCACUAAACACAAUACUUUUCGGCGAUGACGACGAAGUUUGCGAGGUAGCAUAUACAGAUCCAAUUGUGGGAGAAGUUGUUGAAGAAGCAACGUUUUACGUAUAUGGUGAAGGAACUGGUGCUGACUGCUUAGUUGGUAAUGGCAAAAAUGAUGUUGAGACAGCAGCAGCAGCAACAACAACAACAACCACACCGACGACACCCACAAAAACAAACGAACCGAAGGCAACAUUUUUUUUUGGUGAACCUGGUUGCCUUAAACUUAGUCCGAUGAAACAACAACAAGCAAAAGAUAAAGGAAAUAAUGUGGAUGGUGAUAGUGGGGGAAAUUCACCGGUUGUUGCUAAAGGAAGUGAAAUAUUUAAAAAUGCGGCGAAUGAGAAAGAUGAAGAGUGUGUUGAAGCUGAAAAAGACGCCGAAAAAUGUGUUAAAGAAACAAGUGAUCUUGUUCAUGCAAAAGAAAAAAGUGAACAAGCAAAUAAUAUAGACUUAAAGAAAGAAGGGGAUAUAGAUUUAAAGAAAGAAGGGGAAAAUGUACUAUUGAAGGACAAGGAAACGCAUGAAAACAAAGAAUUAGAGGAGAAAGUGGUGGCUAACGGUGGCGAUGUUGAAAGUGUUACGAAUCCUGUAGAAAAAGAUAAAAGUGAAGACCAGAAAAAUUGUGCUAAAAAUCUUGAGGAAAAAGUGAACGAACGGAAAGAAAAUGUAACGAUUGAUGAUGACUCAAAAAAUAGUGACGAGUCAGUAGAAAAACUGUCAGUUAGUAAAGCCGAGCAUACAGAAGAGAGUUUUAACGAUAAUAAAGCUGAGGAUCAAAAUAAAGCCGAGACAGAAAACGGAGUUGAAGCUGCUGGGGACAAGCAGCCUUUGAAAGAAAAUAAUUCAACCGACAAACCGGAUGUAAACAAUGACAAAGACGCUGAGGUUAAACCAAAUGAAGAACUGAAUCAAAGUGAAACUACCGUUACGACUAGCGUUAAUGAGCCCAAAGCGCCUGAAAUUCCUAGCAAUGACGAAGAUAACGAUAUCAUACUACCAAAGUCCACAACUACUGCGGUAGAUAUCGAAAUUGAAAAGACGGAGGAAAAUGCAGUUGCCGAGCAAGUAGAUACUAAAGUUAACGCUAAUACUGAGUUACCAAUAGAAAAUAAUAGUUGUAAACCAAAAGAAACCAUUGAAAUCGAACAAAUAAAAAUUGAAAAUCCGCCUACUGAAUUACUCGCUGAGCCGGUAACAAAAAGUAACGAGCAUACCGAAGAGAAAACCUUGCCAACAAUAAAUAAUAGCAGCGAAAGCUCAAAAACUGAUUUGGAAAAUGUCAAACCUAGCACAUUAACCGUUACACAAUCAGUAAGCAAUGAGGUCACUAAUGCCGUGUCGGUCACGAAUAUCGUCUCGGUCACUAACACUUGUGCCAGCACUACCGCCGCCGCUACACCGCCUACUACCAUCAAUCGCAAACGACGACUUGAGGAUAUGCCAGCACCUGCGACACACCGUUUAUCGACAUCAGAGAGUGAGGUGGAUAUACACUCAGAGCAACCGGAAGAACUUGCUACCGAAGAUGACCUCGAUCCAGCAGAUGUAGGUGGUAAGCGGAUAAAAAUGCGUCCCAAAAUAACAAACGCCGAUCUCCGCAAAAAGGUGGAGGCACAAAAAACACGCGUUGAGGAGACAACCUCUUCGAGUGGUGAAGAGGAAGCGCGUCGUAGGCGUAAAAUAAUAACGCCACGCCGGCAAAUUGAACGCUGUGUGAAAAAUCUGAAAGUAGCACAAGAAGCGGCCGCUAAGCGUGAGUGUAGUCAAGCGCAAGCAGCAAAGCAGACAGAAAGUACCAUUUCAGCGACUGAAGAGAGGACCGUAGGGCUGAAUUUGACAAGUUCAACAACAACGUUAGCAUUUCCGCCAGCUUUUCCCGCUGUUGCAACGACAUCUUUACCUUUGGUAAGCGCAGCAAAACCGUUGGUACCAACAAUGCCCUCACCAGCGCCAACAUUACCGCUAACACCGGUGCAUGCAACACCAACACCAACAACCACAACGGGCCGACAGAAGCCGACGCUUGCCGAAAUCAUUGAGAAGAAAUUGAAAAAGUCUAGCGAAAAAACGGCACCAACACCGCCCACAGUAAAGGUGGAGACACCACAUACAACAAAAGCCGCGACAACAAUAGUCGUUACAGCAACAACAACCAAUGCUAACGAUGUUAAUACGCCGCUUUCCACAUUUUCGCCACCUAAAAAGUCGCCAAUCACCAAACCGUUAAAAAAGAAUUUACUCACACAACUACGACAGGAGGAGAGUGAUGAGGACUCCAUACCGCGCAAGCGGACCAUUAGCGAUGCAGGCGCAACUGCAGUCGCCACAGAAACGGCGGCAAAAAAACUGGAAACAUAUAGCAGUGAGGAUAAAGAGCCGACACCAGAACGUAAGACGCUGGAACGCAAGACGCCCGAACGGAAGACACCCGAACGCAAAGUAAACGAAUCGCUGUUCGCCGAACGGGCAAGCGUGCCACGUAAAACGCCAGAUCGUAAGACACCGGAGCGUCAACGUAAGCGCCGCAGUAGCGAGGAAGUGAAGGCGACCGGAGCGAAUGAGUCGGAGAGUAACAAGGAAAUGAAAUAUGAAACGUUGGUGGAGCAUGAAACUAAAACCACGGAGGUCGUGGUGAAGAAAGAAAAAAGCCCUUCACCUGUUGCAGAGGUUACCACUUUUGGGCGUCGCUCAAGUAGACGCAGCGCUGCGACGGUCAUUUAUGCCGAGUUACCGCAACCGAAACGUACUCGAGGUGGAGCGAAGGCAACAACACCCGUCGCAACACCCAAAAAGGAAGAUAAGAAGAGUGAGUCAAAACAGACGGUCAAGGCUGUGGUGGAGCCUGUUAGCGCGGAAGAGGCCAAAAACGAUACUGCUAUGGAAAAUAUAAUCACGGAAACAAUUGCAACCACAACAUCGAAAGAAAUCGUUGCGACAGCUAAGAAAGCAGCUGCUAGCACACCAACAGCCAAGGAAAGUAGUAAGGAAGCUAAAGCAAAAGCUAAGCCAACGCCGAAAGCUUCAAAGGCCACAAAGAAGGAUGCCAAAAAGGAGACAGCAAGCAGUGUUAAUGAAGAGUCGAAGUCCAAGCCGGAAAAGAAACUCGCUGCAACGAAUGCAUCCAGUGUGAAGAACGCCAGCACGACUGCAACUUCAACUACAGCCACGCCGGAAAAAGCAGAGAAAACGCCGUUAGUCAAGUCCACACCCACCCCUUCACCUACCAAAACGACAACGCCAGAAAAGAACGCGACUGAAAGCACACCGGCCGGUGCUCGUGGACGUGGGCCACGCAAGCAACGUGAAGUGGAUGCCACUAAUAUUAUUGAUACUAUCGAUUCCGAAACGCCGGUGCGUCAAUCGCGGCGCAUUGCACAGCAGAAAAUACGUGAGGAGGCUGAACGGCGCAAACUCGAAGAGAUAGCGCUACGUACCAUGAAGCAGGAACUGAAGAAGAAGAAGAAGGCUGAAAAACAGACAGAUCCUACUGUGGUAGAACCCUCGGAACCAUCCUCGUCCGAAGAAAGCGAGGUGGAGUUGAAGAAAAAGGCGAAAAAGAAGUGUCCCGGCAAAGAUGGUUGGUCAUCGGGUUCGGAGGAACAAGAAGAACCGGAGGAAGAAGAUGAACCGCCACAGUAUAGCGAUCCAGGUUCACCGCUCUUCCGUUCAGAUCACGAAUUCUCACCGGAAUCCGAUUUGGAAGACGAAACGCAAGUGGUACCCAUGAAACGUGCGCGUACCGCGCGCAAAGAGGACGCCGAAGAGGGUGAAGAUGGCGAUGAGGAAGCUUGUCAAAAAUGCGGUAAAUCUGAUCAUCCCGAGUGGAUACUACUGUGCGAUAACUGUGACAAGGGUUAUCAUUGUUCUUGUCUAUCGCCUGUGCUAUUCUAUAUACCCGAAGGUGAUUGGUAUUGUCCGCCUUGCCAGCAAGAGCAGCUGAUUGCGGCCUUGGAGAAACAGCUGAAUGAUUUCGAUGAAUUUGUUGAGCUGAAGCGUUUGCAAGAGGUGGAAAAUAAACGGCUGGCCGCCGAAGCAGAACGCGCCGAGCAGGAGCGACUUGAGAAUGAGAAACAGCAGCAGAAGGAACUAAAAGAGCGUAAAAAGCAGAAGAAGAAGAGUAAACGACGUGGUGAAAACGGUAAAGAAGGUGAGGAUGACGAAGACGAAAGUGGCAGCAGUGGCAGUACGGAUGACGGUAAAAGCGAUGAGCGCAACAAAAAACGCAGCGCAAGUGAUGAUGAUAGCGAUGAUGAUAAACCGUUGGUGAAGAAAGGCACCAGCAGUCGUAAAUCACGCACCGAAAACUAUCGUGAUAGUCACAAGCGACGACGUGGUGAUGGGCGAAGUCGUCGGCGCGCAGCCGCACGCGGUAUCGCCAGCCGACGUCGUCAACGAAAUGACUCGGAUAGUGGCACCGGCAGUGGCUCACAUAGGUCGGGCAGCGAUAGUGGUGGUUCACGUAGCGGUACGGGCUCCUCCUCAUCAUCAUCGUUAACUGACAGUGAUGACGAGCCGAUUUACAAGUUGCGCAAGCGACGACAAAUCAAUGUCAGUUAUCGGCUGAACGAAUACGAUGAUCUUAUCAACUCGGCGUUAAAGAAAGAAAUGGAUGAGUUGGCGGGUGCUGGCAAUUUGGGACGCGGCAAAGACAUUUCCACCAUAAUGGAGGCGGAUAAAGAGGAAAAGGCACGUCAGCGACAAUUGGAGAAGGACGAAACCGCGGUUAAGGAUGAGAAGGACGCGAUAAAAACUGAAGAGCAGGACACAGAAAAUGAAAACGAGAAAGAUAAGGAAAAACAAACAAAGGAGGAUGGCAAAACGAAGUCAGAUGACGGCGAUGACUCAGAUGAAGUGCUGAAACGUAAGGCGAAGCCGAAGGGUUCUAUCAAAAAGAAGCCACGCAAAUUAACCACCUUGGAUAUU